AAUAUAAAGAUUACAUCAGUCGUUUGUGUUACUCUGACAAAAAAGGUUUUGACAGUUAAUUUUAAUAUUAAAUGAUGAAGGGUGCUUGUGCAAUUAUUGUCAUUGGCUGUGCGGCCGUUGCAUUUGGAUCUCCAGCUGGUCAGCCUCCAGCAGCAGCUCAACCAGCUCCAUUGUCAGAUCUAAUUGAACAGGCUAAGGCUGGCAUCACCAAUCUUGGACAGGAGCUUUCCAAACGUUUGGAGAAGGAUAGCCAAAGUACCCUGGAGUCACUCAAGACUCAGAGCAGCUCAUUUGCCAAUAAUCUCCAGGAUUUGCUGAACAAGAUCUCCGAAGAUGUUAAAGCUAAGAGUCCGGAAAUCCAGAAAGCUUGGGAUGGAGUGAAGACCAAAUUCAGUGGUGUUGUCAAUGACAUCAAUGCCCAAAUACCCCAGGCCCAGGAGCAGGCGAGUCAACUGGGAACCAAAUUGACUCAAGGGCUCAAUCUUCUCAUUGAGGAAUCCAGCAAAGCUGCUAAGGAGAUCAGCAAAAGCUCGGAGACGGUCCAGGAAGAUCUUGCCAAGUUCACCAAACAGGCGGUGGAGAUCGCUGUCAAGACCACUAACAAUCUGGACACUCAACUGCGACAAUUGGCUGUCACCGAGGCACCAAAGGUGUAAUAUCUUCGAAUAUGUAACACUCAAUAUUGCAGAUGAUGGACCCAAAUUAAAAAAUUCUUCGACUGUUUGCUGUAAAAAAUGUACUGUUCUUGUUGUAAGAAGCAUAUAAAGAAUUAAAUAAUAAUUUUCAAUAAUUGUA